AUCCAAGGUUUUUCCUUUUGAGUUUUUUUUAUCUAUUCACAAUUUAUGAUAACAAAAACAAAUUCAAUGAAGCUGCAGCUACUCCACUCUACCAUUUUCUUGCUUAAUUUUAUAGCAAGUACUCAUGGAGCUAUAUCUCCUGAAGUUUAUUGGAAAAUAAAAUUGCCUAACGCUCAAAUUCCAAAAGUGAUCAAAGAUUUACUUCCCCAAACAGAUGAUGACAUUCUUGGCACUACGAAGAAAGUAUACUAUGGUUUACACCAACAUGGAGCCUGGAUUUUCCAUGCUGCUACCGACGAUGAGAUUCGCGAGAUUAAAACUGAGAACCCUAGCCAAAGCGAUCAUCAAGAUAAUUUCCUUUACAAACCUUACUUCUUCGAAAAAGAAUUAGUAAAAGGGAAAGUCAUCAACUUUCCCUCUCUAAAGAACAAAAACGAAGCACCAUUUUGGCCUCGAAAAUUUGUGGAAUCUAUUCCCUUCUCAUCGAAAAAAAUCCCACAAAUUCUAAACUAUUUCUCAAUAAAUAACAACUCAAAAGACGCUAAAACAAUUGAGGAAACAGUCAAAGUAUGUGAAGAACCCGCGAUGAAAGGAGAGAAGAGAAAGUGUGCAACUUCUUUAGAGUCUAUGGUAGAUUUUGGGAUAUUCAUGCUUGGAACAAACAAUGUUAAGGUAGUUACAACAGAGGUUCAAGGGGAAAAUCAGAUGGUGCAAAAAUACACCAUUAAAGAAGUCGAACUCAUGGCUGAUGGACUUAAUAUGAUAUGCCACAAACUUAACUACGCGUAUGCAGUGCAUUUUUGUCAUGGUGGAGGAGGUACAAAGACGUAUAUGGUAUCGAUGAUCGGUGUUGAUGGAACUAAGGUGAAAGCAGUAUCAAUAUGUCAUAAAGAUACAUCUCUGUGGAAUCCAAAAGGAUUGCCUUUUGUAGUGCUUAAUGCUAAGCCUGGUGCUCCCUCUAUUUGUCAUUACCUUCAAGAUGAUCAAAUUGUUUUUCUCCCUUCUGUUUCAUAAGUACGAUAUAAAUAUCAAGUACCUCUGUCUUUUCCUGUACAUGUAUGUUUUUCACAAUAAUAAAUGGAAAUCAUUAUUUUGGCAACAUGUUACGAUAACAGAUUGUUUAGUAGAUGAGAUUCUGCAACUUUUUACAUUUUGAUUCUUCACUUGGCAGACGUUUCAACACCAGGUUUUUAUUCUUUUCCUUUCUUGAUGACGAUAAAAUCAAACUUGCUUGUUUUCCCUCAGCUAAUAACCAGUACAGCCCACAGCCGCAAGUGCUGAAUAAUCCUUUACACCAAACCUCGAGCAAAUAAGCUCAAACUAAAUAUGUUACUCCAAUCCCCGAGUCCCCAAGCAAGGCGUAGCACACCAAAUACCAAAUACACGAUUAGUGGGUCUGCAGAACGAUAAUAAAAAGGAUAAUGAUUUCAUUAGAACUUGCACCCAGUGCGUAGAACGCCCUGAGCGCCUUUUAUAACACUGCUCCUAAGCAUCAUCAACCACUUCGUAUUUCCUUGUGCUUUGCGUUAAUGCUUUCCCCAGUUAGCAUGUCAUCUUUUUAAAGAAACACAUUUGCACUAAUCAGCAUUAACAGUUACCAUGGCAUCUUUCAAAUACACAGUUGCACUAAUCAGCUAUCUGAGAAUGGCAGGAAUGAUUCCACAAGCCUAAUCUACACAUGCCUUUCAUAAAUGUCUAGUUCGGUCAUUUUAAUCUCUUCCCUUAAAAAAGCACAAUAAUGACACAAUUGCAAACACAUAUUUAACAAGCUGAAUGGGAUUUCUACAGUUUCUUCACUAACUUUAACAUUCUACUAAAACUGAAUCCACAUAUAGUUAGAAUUACAAUAAUGCAGAAACGAAUUACUUGCAACAAAUAACAAACCUCAGUUACUGCUGUAUUCUAAUUAAAUAUCCUACAUAUGCAUCAACCAAAAAGAGAGUACAUAGAAGAUGCAAGACCGGACCACUCGGAUUGAAUUGCACAAUCACCUGUAAUUUCAUGGAAACGAUGAACGCAAUCUCACCUAACUUUAACACUCGAAAAAGAAAUGUAAGAACAAAACUGGACUAUCAAAGCCCAAAAUCUCAAUCCAAAGCACUUCUGCUAACCCUCACCUAACUCACAGUCAAUAUCUAAUCAAUAUUAUCUGAUAUUAAAUCAUGUAAACGAGACAGACACCAACCAAAAAAUCUACUCCCAUUACAAUCCGAAACAAACAUGAACUUUGAAAAGAUGAUAUAUGCAGCCAGCGAUGAGACUGUUGAUGCCCUACGUAUGUUAGUAAGAAAACAGACCAGCUUUAACAGAGUGGAGCAAUUAAUAUCAUUGCAGCAGAAAACAUAUACUCUAAAACUUCUCGUCCAUAUAGAGAUGCAGUAAAUCUUGGCUUAAAUGGACUAAAGAACCAACCAUGAUGUGUAUACAACAUCAGCAGAACGGAUCUCGAAUUGGAAACCUUCAUAUUUAUUUAUUUUU